AUGGCUAGUGAGUUAUCAAAGCAUCCAGAGACAACCCCAGAAUGGUGGAAGGAAGCUACGUUCUAUCAGAUUUAUCCAGCUUCUUUCAAGGACUCGAAUAAUGAUGGCUGGGGUGAUAUUAAUGGUAUCAGGUCGAAGCUUUCCUAUUUAAAAGACUUAGGAAUUACUGCAGUCUGGAUCUGUCCAUUCUAUGAUUCACCCCAACAGGAUAUGGGCUAUGAUAUCAGAGAUUAUGACAAAGUCUGGCCAACAUAUGGUACCAAUGAAGAUAUUUUCAAUCUCAUAAAGGAAGCUCAUGAUUUAGGUAUCAAGAUUUUGGUGGACUUGGUCAUUAAUCACUGCUCAUCUGAGCAUAAAUGGUUCAAGGAAAGUAGAGCCAGUAAGAAUAACGCAAAAAGAGAUUGGUUCUACUGGAGAAAGCCAAAGGGAUUUAAAAAGGACGGCACCCCACUUCCUCCAAACAAUUGGAGAUCAUAUUUUGGAGGUUCGGCCUGGCAAUACGACGAGAAAACAGGUGAGUUCUAUUUACGUAUGUUUGCUUCUGGUCAGCCAGAUUUGAACUGGGAAAAUUUGGAUUGUAGGGCUGCAAUCUUUGAAGAUUCUAUGGGAUUUUGGUUAAGAAAUGGUGUUGAUGGCUUUAGAAUUGACACUGCCUAUCUCUACUCGAAGGACACCACCUUCCCAGAUGCUCCUGUCACCAACCCUAAAAGUGAAUAUCAAGAUCCGGGUGCCUUUGUUGCAAAUGGACCAAGGAUUCAUGAAUUCCAUAAGUUGAUGCACUAUUACAUGCUUUCGCAGAUUAAUGAUAAAAGAAUAAUCAUGACUGUUGGUGAAGUUGGAACUGCUGGUAAUGACGUUAGGUUACGUUAUACUAGUGCCAAGUCAAAUGAAGUAUCAGAGAUAUUUACUUUCAAGCAUACUGAGCUUGGUGUUUCAAAAGAUUUUAAGUUUGAUCUUGUUCCAUUUACUUUAAAGGAGUGGAAACUUGCUUUGGCUGAUUCUUUUCUUUGGAUCAAUGGCACAGAUUCAUGGUCUACAGUUUAUUUGGAAAAUCAUGACCAGGCUAGAUCAAUUUCAAGAUUUGCCGAUGACUCCACUCCUGAGUCCCGUGUGGCUUCUGGAAAGAUGUUGGCUGCUCUCCUUGUGAGUUUGACUGGAACUAUGUACAUUUAUCAGGGCCAGGAAUUGGGAUCUAUUAAUUUGAAGAAUACUCCUAUUGAAGAGUAUGAGGACGUGGAAGUGAAAACUAAUUACAAAAUUGUUUCAGAGAAAUAUGGAGCCGAUUCUAAGGAAAUGAAAGAUUAUAUAAAGGGGGUUAGCUCUGUUUCAAGGGAUCAUGCUAGGACGCCGUUACCAUGGAGCUCUAAGGGAUCCACUGGAGGAUUCAGUGAUUCCGCAAAGCCAUGGUUUAUAAUGAAUAAAACAUUCAAGGACGGUAUCAAUGUUGCAGAUGAAACCAAGGAUCCAAACUCGGUUCUUAACUUUUGGAAGAGAGCAAUUAAAGUUAGAAAGGAGAAUAAAGAUAUUCUUGUUUACGGUUAUAACUUCAAAUUUUAUGAUCUUGAAAGCAACGAAAUUUUUGCGUUUACAAAAGAAUAUGAUACCAAGAGGUUGUUUGCAAUAUUUAACUUCACCAAAAAGGAUGUUUCCUUCAAGUUUCCUGAUGCAAAGAGCUACAAGCUAUUCUUUGGAACACAUCCAGAUGCAAAUGGUUCUGUUACAAGCUUGAAACCUUGGGAAGGUCGUCUUUAUUAUGCAAAUUAA